GCAGUGCGGUUGGUUGAGCGGACAGAGGGAGGCGGUGAGCGGGCAGGGAGAGCUUUUUGUGGCUGCAGACGGAGUUUCACCUCCAGUCUGUUCCCAGCAGGAGCUCCAGAGGAGAAAGGACAAAGAAGGAGUUUUAUUUCUUCUCCUUUGUUUCUUCUUUUUAACCUCGGACGUGCAUGAAGUCGGAGGGGAUUUGUUUCAGGUUUUAACCGGGGAUCAGGAUCUGCACACCGGGAGUAAAUUACGCAGCUGUGGAUGAGAAGCAGCUGAGGUUGCAGGGCACCAGGGGAUCCGUGCUCUGCAGCAUCAAUAACACCCACUUCCACGGUGCAGAACUGCACGCAGCCAGAGGGAAUCCUUCAGAUGCGCAGCAGACACUGAACACAGGAGGGAUUUUAUUUGUUAUUUUUAUGGGUUUUCUUUGUUUUGAUUCCACCGCCCUGUCGUUGCAAACUUGAGAGUCCGGAAUGGGGAAGGAACAGGAGCUGCUGGAGGCCGCCCGCACCGGGAAUGUGGCCUUGGUGGAGAAACUGUUGAGUGGGAAAAAGGGGAUCCUGGGGUCAGGCUCUGGCUCCAUCCCUCUGCCCAACCUCCUGAGCAUGUGGAAGGGCGUGAACGUGAACUGCACAGACAGCUCAGGAUAUACACCUUUACACCAUGCUUCACUCAAUGGACACAGGGAUGUGGUGCUGAAGCUACUCCAGUAUGACGCGUCCACCAGCCUGGCUGACAGCAAAGGCUGCUUCCCACUGCAUCUCGCCGCAUGGCGGGGAGACGUGGACAUUGUCCGCAUCCUCAUCCACCACGGCCCUUCACGCUGCCUUGUCAACCAGCAGAACCAUGAGAGGGAGACACCGCUCCACUGUGCAGCGCAGUACGGACACACCGAGGUGGUUUCAGUGCUUCUUCAGGAGCUGACCGAUCCAACAAUGAGAAACAAUCGGCAGGAAACCCCUCUGGACCUGGCAGCACUUUAUGGGCGCCUGCAGGUGGUGCAAAUGUUGGUGAAUGCUCACCCAAACCUCAUGACGAGCCACACACGCCUCCACACUCCGCUUCACCUGGCUGCACGAAACGGACACCACAGCACCAUCCAGACCCUGCUGGAGGCCGGUAUGGACGUCAACGGUUUGACGGAGAAUGGGAGUGCUCUUCACGAAGCUGCUCUUUUUGGGAAGAUGGAUGUAGUUCGCCUUUUGCUUGACUCAGGGAUAGACACCAGUUUAAGAGACAGUCAGGGGAGGACGGCGCUGGAGAUUCUCAGAGACCACCCAGCACCAAAAUCUCAGCAGAUCACUGCUCUUAUUCAAGAGUACAUGAAGAAUGAGAUGGAGGGACGGAGUAUUUUAGAAGAUCAUGUCCGGAUAUGUCCUGUACCAGCGCCUCGGAUCUCUAUCCCUUCGCCUCCUGCCUCGCCAUCCCUCCACCAUAAAAAUGAUCCUGUGACGAGUGAGCUGUCCAAACUGUUCCAUGACAUCAAGAAGUGCAGAGACAGGGACUAUUCCUUCGAGGAGCUCUGCCACACCAUUUCAUCCCACUCGAUGGACAGCUUUGGGAGCGGGCGGCUGUCUGAUGAGGAGCACCCAGACCGACCUAACGGCACCCUGACUCGAGUCAGCAAGCGUCCUUCGCCGCCUCCCGCCGUAGCUGUGAUGGAAGAUGAGGCGGAAAAGACAUGCGGCCCAACUGGAUUCUGGGAAGCUCUCACCCCGUGUAACGGCUGCCACAACCUUGGUUUUUCCAGCGGCUCUCAGGAUUUUAAACAUUCAGUAGAGCUGAUCACCUCUCCAUCACUGGAUGUUUUCCUACCUGAAGACGAGGAUAACCCGUACGAGUCUGUGACUACCGCCGUCACGCGCAAACCCUGCUCCCUGGAAAUCAACCACCGACUCAACGUCUGCGCCCGUAAUGGUCACUUGUCCCAUGCUGCCGUGAGCGGGGAGGAGCAUGGUAACCAUGACAACUGCUCAACAGGCCCCACACCCGACUGCUCACCCCCCUCUCCCGACACAGCCCUGAAGAACAUCGAGAGAGUCAUCCGUCCUCAGCCAAAGCAGCGCACAUCCCUGUCUUCCUCUCUGGACGUCCAAAGGCCAGUCAACCACAGCUGUGAACCCAGUGAGGUGAGCUCUUCCCUUGGCUACGCCAGCUUCAGCACCAGUCCCCCUGCCAGCCCUCCUCUCAGCCCCAAUCAGGAGGACUCUGCAGGCUCCAACGACGACUGUCAACUCACAGACGACGGGACGUACCAGCGAGAUCCACCCCCUCCUCCUCUUUGCUCUUCCUCCAGUUCAAGUCGUCUUGUGGAGGAAAACAGAAAAAGUCUCAUCCCAGAGGAGUUUGCCGGCCUUCUUCAUGGGUCCUCUCCAGCCUGUGAGCCCCCAGAUACGCCUUAUCACCUUUACAGCCCCAAACACUUUAAAUAUUCCUCUUCAGAAGUUCAGAGCAGCGUGCUGCAGACCCCCGACUUCAGCGUUGUGAUUGGCGGGGGAGCCUCACAGGGCUUAUCCAGAACUGAAAAAGAAUCGUCUCCUCAAAGGGCUGAAAAGCCACAGGUUGUUUAUCGGACCGUCUUCCACACCAGGGUCAACCAGGACCAAGGUCAGCACAAGAACUGUGAGCAGGAGGAUCUGCCUCACGGAUGGUCAACGCGUAGCCAUCCGUCCCCUCGUUCCUCGAGGCAAAACGGAAAAGUUCCAGAGUUUCAGGGGAACCAGGCAGGAGCUGAGGCCAAGGAAGGUUACGAGGAGAGAGCGUGCACCCUGGGGAGGAUGAGGUCCGUCCCGCGCAGCGUGUUGGAUUUGCAGCUGUCAAAGUCCCUUUCCAAGUCGGAUUCAAACCUGGUGGCCGUGUCCCCCAUACAGGAGGAACACAGUUGGGGUUCUGGAUCACGGGGCCAGGGACCCGGAACCCCCGGCUCCCGAGAGGGUGUGAGCCCUGAAAAAAGACUGGAGCGAACCCCCUCCUUCACAGCUGAGUGGGAGGAGAUUGACAAGAUUAUGAGCUCUAUCGGCGCGGGGAUCGGCAGCGGAUUGGAUGUCAAAGAGGUUACCUCAGGUCCCCGCUGCCCGCUGCAGUCCGUUGGACAGUGGUUGGACUCCAUCGGUCUGGUCCAGUAUGAGAACCACCUGCUGGCCAAUGGAUUUGACAACGUUCAGUUCAUGGGAAGUAAUGUGGUUGAGGACCAAGACCUGCUGGAAAUUGGAAUCCUGAACUCUGCUCACAGACAGCGCCUCCUACAGGCCAUACGGCUGCUGCCCAGGGUGCGACCUGUGGGCUACGAUGGAAACAACCCCACAUCAGUGGCUGAGUGGCUGGAGUCUUUGGAGCUCGGCGAUUACACCAAGUCCUUCCUGGUCAACGGUUACACCUCCAUGGAACUGGUCAAGAAGAUCUGGGAGAUUGAGCUGAUUAAUGUGUUGAAGAUCAAUCUCAUUGGACACAGAAAGCGGAUAUUGGCAUCACUGGGGGAUCGGCUACACGACGACACGCCACAAAAACCUCCGCGGGCCAUCUCCUUACGGGAACCUGGAGGAAACCACACUCCUCCUCAGCUCAGUCCUUCGGUAGGCCAGGCAGCGUAUACGGCGGGGGUCCCCGGUGGAUCUCUGGACGUGCAGCACCUCAUUAUGCAGGCGGACGCACGGCGCAGGCAGCGCAGCACCGAGAACUACUUUGACGACGUGCCGCGAUCCAAGCUGGAGCGACAGAUGGCUCAAGUCAGCAUGGCUGGCGAAUGGUGUGAGCCGAUUACGUUGCGUCCGCCAAACGAGGCGACAUCCUCCACUCCUGUUCAGUACUGGCAGCAUCAUCCGGAGAAGCUCAUCUUUCAGUCCUGUGACUAUGAAGCUUACUACCUGGGCUCCAUGUUGGUGAAGGAGCUGAGAGGGACGGAGUCGACGCAAGAUGCCUGCGCUAAAAUGAGGAAGUCUACGGAACAGAUGAAGAAAGUACCGACCAUCGUCCUCUCUGUGUCCUACAAAGGAGUGAAGUUCAUCGAUGCCACCAAUAAGAACAUCAUAGCAGAGCAUGAGAUUCGUAACAUCUCAUGUGCAGCUCAGGAUCCAGAGGAUCUGUCUACGUUUGCCUACAUCACCAAAGACCUCAAAUCCAGUCACCACUACUGCCAUGUCUUCACUGCUUUUGAUGUGAAUCUGGCCUAUGAGAUCAUCCUGACGCUUGGCCAGGCCUUUGAGGUGGCCUAUCAGUUAGCGCUGCAAGCCAGGAAGAGUGGCCAUGGAUCGGCGACGCUUCCGGAAAGCUUUGACAGCAAGCCGGGCAAGCCUGUGCCCAAACCCCGAGUCAACAUCCGCAAAUCAGUUAUCAUGUCUCCCUCCAGCCGCUGGUCACUGGGCCAUAUUUAUACCCCUCACCGGCCUCCUCUCCACCCUCCUCUUCCACCCCCUCGACUCUUCCAUCUUCCUUACAAAGCUCAGUUCCAGAUGGAGCAGCCAUCCAUGGACCAGAAGGGCCAUGCAAACGUGCCGUGGAUUGUGGAGCCUGGACAGGAGGCAAAGAGAGGAGUCAACACCAAGGCAAUGGCGGACGCUCAUGUCUAUUACUGUGGAAUGCAAAGAAUGUAGCCAGCCCUAAACAUGGACCUAGUCACACUUACAAUGCAAAAUGGACUACAAACGGACCCUCUUGCUCACUUUUUAAAAAGGACAACAAAACAUGGACGCCUCUCCACAAUGUUACCCCUCCAUUCACACUAACAGGACUGCAUCGCGACAGACGACCAGUCUGCUCUGAAUGUACACUUACUUGAACGCAGCCUCAAAUUUCUGCAACUGUCGGUUUGAUGAAGCCCAGCUUCUCCAUGGAGUCUGAAAAUGGAUACAGGACAUCAGUGGGCAUGUUUAACAUAAUGGCAUGGGUUCCAGGGUAUCUGGCUGGCUAAUUUCUUAUUUUCUUUACUGUCAGAAAAAAAAUAAACAUAUGCACAGCUGUGUAAAUGUGAUUGGAUUUGCUGCAACAACACGCUAAAGAUGCAACAGAAUUGUCAUGACAAGCCUAUGUGAACAAAACAGCAUCUAGCGUUAAAGUAUUCGUAUUGCCCGACAUUUUAAUGUUUAUUAUGAGAGUAUUAUAUUACCAUGAUAAUCCUUGUGCAAUUCUUGUCUACUGUUGUCUUAUUGUUACAUUAUUUUUCUAUGAUAUGCUGAGAUGAAAACUUUGAGCCUGAGAAUGAUGGUGAUCCUUUAAAAAAUAAAAUCUGAAUUUAGAUGUUCAUACUUGUACAGAGAGUGAAUGUUGCAGGUUGCUUGCUAACUCCUAGGUCAGGUCAACCUCCAUUUCUCAUGGAGCUCUACUCUUAUCUUGCAGAUUUACUAUUUUAAAUGCAGUAUUACUGUAUUAUUUGGAUGAAACAUUAUCCACUUAUAAAAUGUACAUAGAUAUUUUGCCAACUCAUUGUUAAUACAUGAACUGUAAAGAAAAAAUUAAUAAAGACUUUGCAGCAAACGGCACUGGAAAAAAUUUACCAAAAUAAAGGUUUGACAUGUCAAAAAGUGGUAGAUUGUAGAGGUUGUAUUUUGAGUGAAAAUAUGGAUCAUAUGGUGACAUCUCUGCUGAUUUACUAAUAUAUAGGCUUGGGCUUCCAGCACACUGAUUUUUGUAAUUUGGGCCAUUAUUUAUAUCCUUGUAAAGCACAUGAAAUAAAAUCUGACUUGUACAACCAUA